AUGGCAAACGACAACAAAGGAGGUUGGAAAAAAAAUCAGUACUCUUCAUCUGCUCAGAGCUCUAAGCUCCGCGGUUGCUGUACGGGAGGGUUUCAAUGCCAGAGGAGUCAGCACCACAAACAAGAAUUUUCGUCGGAGUCCCCGGGAGACUUGCGUUCCAUAAACAUAGGGACACGGAAGGAUGAGAAAUCGAGAAGCGGCUGCGAUGAGACGGUGCAGGGUAGGAGAGAUUUCCAUUAA